GACAGGCUGCUGCUGUUGCUACUGAACUGCCUUGGACACACAGCUCUCAGACGGGGGAAUUAUGCCCUGCCCAGCAGCGGCUGCUUUGCCUAUUUGAAGAGCCGAACCUAUGCAUACCAAGUAGUUUUAAGUCCGGGGAUAUCCCCGUGUUUAUUGGUUAUUAUGAGCAUGGAAGAUUAUGACUACCUGUUCAAGAUAGUUCUCAUAGGAAAUGCUGGAGUUGGAAAGACAUGUCUCGUCCGGCGCUUUACUCAGGGGCUUUUCCCACCUGGACAAGGGGCUACUAUUGGAGUGGAUUUUAUGAUUAAAACAGUGGAAAUCAAUGGGGAGAAGGUCAAGUUGCAGAUAUGGGAUACAGCUGGACAGGAGAGAUUUCGCUCCAUUACUCAGAGUUACUACCGUAGUGCCAAUGCCCUCAUUCUUACAUAUGACAUUACCUGUGAGGACUCCUUUAGGUGCCUUCCAGAGUGGCUGAAGGAGAUUGAGCAGUAUGCCAACAACCAAGUGGUGACUAUAUUAGUCGGUAAUAAAAUAGAUCUGGCAGACAAGAGAGAGGUUCUCAGGCAGAGGGCUGAAGACUUCGCUCAGGCUCAGAGCAUGCUGUAUCUGGAGACGUCGGCCAAAGAGUCCGACAACGUCGAGAAACUCUUCCUCGACCUGGCGUGUGAACUCAUCCGAGAAGCCAAGCAGAACAAGCUCGACAAUAAUGACACUGCCCCAAUGCCCGGCGAGGGUAAAACCAUCAGUUAUUUGAACUGCUGCAGCCUCAAUUAAAGGGAGCUCAGCUGCCUGGCUCGGAAACUCUGUAGCCAUUUCCUGUAGAGUGUAGAUGGCCGAGCCCCAAUGCCUCCGUCCUACUAAGAUGGCAUCAGGCCAACGCUUAGUUUGGUCAUGUUUUUUCCCAUGCCUUUUAUAAGCAGUACAAAGGAGCUAGUUGAUUUUAGUUUUUAAAGUGCUACCAUCAUUGACACCUGUUUCCUCACUGGAUCAGGAUGUACAGGUGCACGUCAAUAAAUUAGAAUAUAAUGAAAAAGUGAGAUUUUGAUCUGAAACAUUAUAUAAAUUCAUUGCACACAGAGUAAUGUAUUUCAAUAGUUUUUAUUUCUGAUUCUAUAUUUCUUGGGUCUUUCAUCUUCCUCUUGACAAUACUUCAUGAAUUCUCAAUAGGGUUUUGGACACGCCUGUUUCCCAAUCAAUAGUGAUACCAUGAUUGUUAAAACAGGUAUUGGUACUUUUGGAAGUGUGUGCAGGUGUCCAGUCCUGCUGGAAAAUGAAAUCAGCAUCUCCAUAAAGUUGGUCAGCAGAGGAAGGUGUGAAAUGCUCUAAAAUUCCCUGGUAGAAGGCUGCGUUGACUAUAAGUCAUUGACUGUGGAAACUUGACACCAGACCUCAAGCAACUUGGAUUCUGUGCUUCUCCACUCUUCCUUCACACUCUGGGAUUCUAAAUUCCAAAUGACAUGCAAAAUUAAAUUUCAUCUGAAAAGGCGACAGUCCUGAUGUGCUUUUCUCCUUAGCCCAGUUGGCAGCCUACAACUUCUGAAUCUACCCCAAACUCUUGAGUGGGUUUUCCUUUACAAUCCUCUAAAGGCUGAACGUGUCUUUGUUGCUUGUGCAAUUACUAUUCCUUCCACCAACUUUUCAAUAAUAUGCUUUUAAACAGCACUGUGAACAGCCAGCUUCUCCAGCAAUGCCUUUUGGUACCUUUCCCCCCUUUUGGAAGGUGGCCGUGUAUGUUUGCUUGAUAUCUGUCAAGUCAGUGGUCUUUCCCAGGAGUAACACGGAGAUGCCAUAACAUUACAUGUCUAAAUUAAAAAUAAAUUUUUUUCAUAAGUAGUAUUUUAAGGUUUUUUGAUUACCCAUUGGCUGUUGGCGAUAAUCAAAAUUGACAGAAUUCAAGGCUUGAAAUGUAUUACUCUGUGUGUAAUGAAUCUCUGUAAUUUAUGAGUUUUAUUUUUUAACUUGAUUACUGCUACAAGUAUUUUUUAUCAUUUCCUAAUUUCUUGAGAUGCAUUUAUGUUUGACUGAUAAUUCCUGUAAUCUGAGUAGGGCUUCAUUUUAUCCUUACAAUGUUGAAAGGACAAGACGUCCCAGUUUGGCCUUUAGGAUCCAUUUUUCAUCCAUCAUCAGUUUUCACCAGCAGUAUUAUGAGAGAAAAAUCUCUGCCAGGCAUAUUGUUAUGAAUCGGCUGACAAGUUUUGUGAUCAUUGGAGGUUAUUAGUUAUCAGUAACAUGUUUACAUACACUACAUUUCGGAGAUUAGUAAGGUUGAUCUAGUUGCAAAAAAAAACUUUGCACCUUUAUUUUCCCUCACACUUUGCUCUGAGAAUCACAUCACAUGAUAGCUUUGUCAUUUCUUAAUCGGUUUUUGCAUCUGUCAUUACAUACGGUGAAGCAUUUCUUUCCCAUUUGGACUUUUUACUUGCUGCUAGAACACAUUUUUAUGUCAUAAAAACCGAAACGCAUAUAAAACCUACAGUAUUGUGCGUUGCUAUUAAUAUUUGUUUAGUAUAUUGGCAGUUGUAGUGAUUGCUGAUUUAGUUUGAAGCAGUUGGAAAGCCUUCUGUCAGUGGAACUUAGAUUUUUCUUUAUUGGCUGUUUUCGCUAACAUACACAUGAAUAUUCCUGCAUUUGUGGGUGCUGGUCAUGAAAUAUUUUAAAGGGGUAUGUCCAUGUAGUUUUAUAUAACUUGUUGUAUUUCAUAUUAUGCUUUCUGUGAAUUUCUUUCGUUUUUCAGCAUGGUAGUCUCUAAAAUGAUGUUUUAUUCAUUUGACGUAACUGCAGGCUGCUGUAUUGCACAAUGCCAUAUACUGCACACUUAGUUUUUAAUUUUUUUUGAUUUAACAGUAACAUUUAGUGUUUUCGUGUACAGAUUUAUUACUGUAGUACAUCUUGGCACUUUUAUGGUUUUGUACUUUUUUUUUUUUCUUCAUUUGCUAGAAGUGCCAGAAUUAUGUAAUUCCUUGUACUUUGGGUUUAAGAGGAGAGACUUGUGGUUAAUACUUAACAUCUUCCCAUCAAAUUUAAUGGGAUUUGCAACUAAACAGCUAUUUCAAUUCUUGUGCUUUUUUCUCUUAUGUAUAAAAAUAAUCCCUAAACUAGUGUGUAUAACAAUAAACAGCUACACUAAUUAUUGCAUGUUUGCCCUGUGUUAUUUAGCUAUUAAUGAGGCCAGAUUUUUGUAUAGUUUCCUGUACUUUCACUAAAAAAACAAGACAUAAUUAUGAAAAUGCUAAAGUUGGAGAUAGUAAAAUCUAGAGCACAGGCAGGACAAACAAAAUUUAAUCAAACAAGCAAUCUAUUUAUUCAUCAAUCCAUCAAAUGUUCAUUCAGUCUGUUCAUCCAUUCAUUUGUCCAGACAUUUGUAUGUUCAUCCAGCUAUUCAGAUCCACCCGUAUUUCUGUCUUUCCAUCAAUCUGUUCAUUUUUUAUUCAUCCAUGUGUCUAGCCAUUCAUUAAACUGUUUCGUCAUA